AUGAAAUACGUUGUUGUUUCAGGUGGUGUCAUCUCUGGUAUCGGUAAAGGUGUAUUGGCAUCUUCUACCGGUAUGUUAUUCAAAACCUUCGGUUAUAAGGUUACUUCUAUUAAGAUUGAUCCAUAUAUGAAUAUCGAUGCUGGUACUAUGUCUCCUUUAGAACAUGGUGAAUGUUUUGUUUUGGAUGAUGGUGGUGAAACUGAUUUGGAUUUAGGUAACUACGAACGUUAUCUGAAUGUCACUUUAACUAAAGAUCAUAACAUCACUACUGGUAAAAUAUAUUCUCAUGUUAUCCAAAAGGAAAGAAAAGGUGAUUACUUGGGUAAAACUGUUCAAAUUGUCCCACAUUUGACUAAUGCCAUCCAAGAUUGGAUCGAACGUGUUUCCAAAAUUCCUGUUGAUGAUACUGGUAUGGAACCAGAUGUUUGUAUUAUCGAAUUAGGUGGUACUGUAGGUGAUAUUGAAAGUGCCCCAUUUGUCGAAGCUUUAAGACAAUUCCAAUUUAGAGUUGGUAAAGAAAAUUUUGCAUUGAUCCAUGUUUCUUUGGUUCCAGUUAUCCACGGUGAACAAAAAACUAAACCAACUCAAGCUGCUAUUAAAGAUUUGAGAUCACUAGGUUUAACCCCAGAUAUGAUUGCUGUUAGAUGUUCUCAUAUCUUGGAUGAACCAACAAUUAACAAAAUUGCCAUGUUCUGUCAUGUCGGUUCCAACCAAGUGGUCAACGUCCAUGAUGUUAAUUCUACUUAUCACGUCCCAUUAUUAUUGUUAGAACAAAAAGUGAUGGAUUAUUUGCGUGCUAGAUUACAAUUGUCUGAUAUAACUUUAUCCAGUGAAGAUGUUUCAAGAGGUGAAAAAUUGUUGAUUAAAUGGAAAUCCAUGACUUCUAACUACGACGAAUCACUACAAACUGUUAAGAUUGCCUUAGUUGGUAAAUAUACCCAUUUGAAGGAUUCUUAUUUAUCUGUCAUUAAGGCUUUAGAACACUCUUCAAUGAAAUGUCGUAACAAGCUGGAGAUUUUAUGGGUCGAAUCAUCUCAUUUAGAACCAGAAACUCAAGAAACUGAUAAAGAAAAAUUCCAUGAUGCUUGGAAUAAGGUUAGUACUGCUGAUGGUGUCUUAGUUCCAGGUGGUUUUGGUCACAGAGGUACAGAAGGUAUGAUUUUAGCUGCCAAAUGGGCUCGUGAAAGCAACGUUCCAUAUCUAGGUGUUUGUCUAGGUUUACAAAUCGCAACAAUCGAAUUUAUGCGUAAUGUUGUUGGCCUAAAGGAUGGUCAAUCUGCUGAAUUCUUCCCAGACUCCGACCCUGAGACACAUGUUGUUGUUUACAUGCCAGAAAUUGAUAAGGAAAAUAUGGGUGGUACAAUGAGAUUAGGUUUGAGACCAACUCAUUUCCAACCAGAUACCGAGUCAAGUCAAAUUAAGAAACUUUACGGUUCUAAGGAUAUCAUCGAAGAAAGACAUCGUCACCGUUAUGAAAUUAAUCCAAAUUUGAUUAACAAAUUAGAAGAACAUGGUUUGAUGUUUGUUGGUAGAGACGAUACUGGUGAACGUUGUGAAAUUUUCGAAUUAAAGAACCAUCCAUACUAUGUCGCUACUCAAUACCACCCAGAAUACACUUCUAAGGUCUUAGACCCAUCUAGACCAUUUUUAGGUUUCUUUGCAGCAUCUGCCGGUGUGUUAGAUAAAUUGUUAGACGGGGAGUACGAUUACACCGAAUCUGAAGGUAAAACUGAUUUCUAA